AUAUGUUAGUAGUUUCAUUUUCAUAGUAGUGAGUAAAACGAAAAAAAUUGUGUGCUCAAAAAAUAUGGAAAAAGUUGAAUUUCCCAGCUGCGUUUCGUCGGAUGAGCUGCCGCUCGAGCGCUUGCGUUGCAAAUUAAACGAAGAGGAAAAGACUGUGCGACUGCUGAAGCGUCCAAAGCGUGCAAAUCAUGUUACGAAAUCGCAGCGUACGCGCAGCCACAAGGAUCAGAUACGCUACGAGCAGUGGAAGGAGCAUCGCGAGCGUGUCAAGACUGCGCUCUGUGAGGUGGAUACAGAUCCGCCGGGAUUUCAAGCGGCGCGUCUUACAGGCGUCAAUGCUUUGAGAGAUAAUGCCAUUGCCUAUAUGGCGCGCACCAAGGCGAAUAUACAGAUGCUAGUGGAGCUAUCGCGCACUAUGCGCACACAUGGCGCCAUUAAUCCAUUUCGCGAUGAGCUGCCGCAUGUUAUGUCGGGCAUACCAGCGGCUAUUCGAGAUCUGGAGCAGCUGGAUCGCGAUAACUACGACAUAGGCAAGCGUUUGCUGGAUGUGGUAAGCGAAGUGGACACCGGAAUCAAGGGCGACGAUCGCCAGCUCAAUGUGGAUACGCGUCGUCAGGAGCCGCCGCCAUUUGUGCUGCCCGAGCUGGCGCUGGCCAAGUACAAAGACUUUAAUAUACCCAUACCCAGCACAGACAAGGAACGUCGUCAGCUCUUUCGCCCGCGCAUUUACUUUGACGCUUAUCUCAAGGAUGCGCGUCCGCUGGGUCGCAUUGUUGUUCAGCUUUACACAGAGGCAGCGCCGCUUGUGGUGCUGCAGCUGGUGCGCGCCUGUUUGUGCAACAUGCAUCAGAAAUUUCGCAUACGCCGUUUGUUUCCCAAUCUUUGGCUUGAGGUCGAUUUGCAACUGGGCGCCAAUUCGCCGCUGCAGCAGCCACUCGAGUACGAUGGCAAGAUUAUCGAUCAUGGCGAGCACAGCAAUGUGUUGUCCUUCAGCAAAUCGCAUCUGCAGGGCUUUCAGGACAAUCUAUGCUUUUCCAUGUCCUUCAAGCCACUCAAUGUCGUCAAUGGCCAGCGCGUUGGCUUUGGCCGCGUCAUACGCGGCGGCAAAAUCUGCGACUGCCUGCAGAGCUACGGCACCAAGAAUGGCAAACUAAGUCGCGGCGUCGAGUUCAUUGGCUGCGGUCUGCUUUAAAUAUUUGAUUCGAAAGUCUAACCAAAUUGCAUGUGUUGUGUGUUUUAAGGCAUAAAUAAUAUGUAAAGUCCUUUUAGCAGUCAAAAGAAAUGUGCAGACUCAUUGAAAUCGCUGAAGUAUUUAAGUUCCAAAGUCUUACUUUGCCUUAAAUGCUGCAUUUAGCUUUUAUUAUAUUUGCGUUUCAAAUUGCAGCAGCUUCAACUUUAUUUAGAUCGAUUCGAAAACGCAGCAAUAGUUUAGAAACUUCUAAGCAACAAAGUCAAAAAAUGAUUUAUUUUUAACCAAAAGCUGCUGUCGAAAAUUUAUAAAUUGAACUGCAAAAAUCAUUUAUUGCAUUUGAGAGAAAACCAAAAUUUCAAGCGCCGUAUACUUAAUAAUAUUUUGAAAUCAAAAGAAAUCA